CACCGUGCGUUCCUAUCUGAGUUAUUGCUAUCGCUACGUGCGAUAUCGCAUACUAUGCUUUGCACCUGUUCGUGCAAAAGUCAAAAUGUUUCCUUCUUUUAAAUCGUAACGUCAUGAAGGAGGGAGAAAUGAAAUAAAAGACAUGGUUUUUUAAUUUAUUGUAGCUUCUUUUUCCUGGUGACUUCUUAAGCAAGAAAGUAGAAUGAAGGGUUACGUCUUUGUGAUUUCAUUGCUGAUGUGCGGGCUGGCUUACUCUGCUACGCAAAUAGGAGGUUACGAGGAAGUAGGAUCCUGUCAAUGGCGAGGCGCAAUUUAUGACGUAGGCACACACACAAUAGGCCAAUGCACCCAAUUAGUUUGUGGGUAUUAUGGUGAAGUAACAGUAAAUCAAUGCCCUCCAAUAUUACCUUGUCCAGCAGGUUAUAUCGUGUAUAGUAAUUGGCCUAAUUCUGAAAAACCAUUUCCGGAGUGUUGUGUAAAAAUCCUUUGUUCGGAAAGACAUAAUACCAGCAAUUAAUACGUUAUCUGUAAUGCCAUCACCGUCGUUGUUUUUUCUUGGUAUUGAUCAUUAUCUUUUUCUAUGUGUGACGAUAAUGGUAAUGGUUGAUCGUUGAUUUUAUAACUCAAAAAAUAUUAAUUAAAGUUGUAUUGCUCUGUUAAAUUAUUUUUAAAUUAAAUUAUGAUAUUCUGUCUCAUACGUGACCAUGGUAAUUUUAAACGAUAAAAAGACAUUUUCUAUUUAGAAACUACUCUGUAAACUAGUCAGUAUUUUUGUAGAAAAUUUAAUGUACAAUUAUAAAGAGAACUUAAAAGUGUGAGUCGAAUGUUCAUGAUUUGUAUUCUGUAUUAUAAAUAUUAUAAUGCUCAAGCGUCUUUUAAAUUUAAUUGAAUAAAGUUAUUAAUCUUGUACAUAAAAAAUUAUUUGUUCUUUAUAAUUUUUUAUAUAUAUUUUAAUAUAAUGCAGUUAGUUCUUUAAGUAAAAUUAUUAUAGAUUAUUGUUGAUAAAUUUAAUAUAAAGGAAACCUACCUGUAGAGAACCAUUAUAUAAUUUUAUAAAUUUUAUUGUUAAUUUAUUGAGUAACGAGUGAUCCUAAAUUCUAGUAUAAUACUUGCUUUAGCAUUCCCUAAAAAUUACAAAUCGUUAAUUUUUGAGUAAUAAUAUCGGUAACGUAUUGAUUUUAUAAAGUAACGUUCCAAAUGUAAUAUACAACGUUCAUUUAGAUUAGAUUCAUGUAAUGAAAUAUUCUUUAUCUGGAAUUGUUAUUGUAAAUAAACGUCGUUUUUCCUAAA